AUGAAACUUUUCGGAACAGCUCUUCUCGCGUCUGCGGUUGUCGCUGAGUACGAUUACUACGAGGGAGAAAGAGGAAAGAAAAAGGGAGGCAAGGGCAAGAAGCCAGCGAAAAGAGAUGCGUGCGGUUGUGAUUUGAAUCCGAGAAAUGCACCUGAUGCAGUUCCGACUUGUGUUGACGACAGUAGCAAAAGAAAGGUUAUUGAUUGGACUUGUGCUGCUACAGGUCUCGUUGAGCGAACGGAAACAAAAUGCAAGCGCCUGAGAAAAAGGACCUUGCUGAACCUUGUGGAGAUCUCGGCUGCCGUUGCGCUUCUGAACUCGCUGCUUUUUCUGCGACUGUGUCUGUUCUUCUGCGAUGACGAUGGUGAUGGCGUUUUCGAUCAAGGAGAAGCAAACCAAAUCAACCGGGUAAAAUGCAAAAAUGGCGAGCUCCGAAGAAACAAGUUCACGCUCACCUGCGGCGGCGGCGGCGGCGGUGGUGGCGCUGGAGGUGGUGCUAUCACUCAAAAUGCUGAUGGUACUGGAGGAACUCCACCAGCGAUCAAAUCAUAUGUCACUGUCGAUGAAAAUAGUUCCCCAACAACGAUUGGUGUCAACGCGAAAGCAAUUGAUGCUGAUCUUUCUGCUGAUGGUGGUUUCAUUGCCGCGGGUUUAUCGGUCGCCAACGAGUCCUCAACUGUCCGACAAUUCUUCGUCACCAAGAUCAAGACCUGCUCCGACAAGACCCAAUACACCAAUCCUCUGGGAACCAUUCUUACUGGCGCGGGAGCAGACUGCGCUCAGAACUUUGACUGGAGCUUCUUAAAAACCGGAAACGCUUGCAACGCUGUAACCGUAAAAGAAUCGCUUGACGGAACAUACGUUCUCGCAGCUGGUCUUCAUCAGUCCACCGGCGUCGCAGGUACUUACAAUGGAUACGUAGUCAAGCUCGAUGCUUCGACUGGAUCGAUGAUCUGGGAAUUCGAUUACACGACGGAUGUGGGAGCGCGCUCUGGAUUCGAAACGCUUCAUUUGACCUCGGAUGGCGGAUUUGUUGUCGGAGGAUUCAUCAAUCGAGGAAAUUCCGAGUACCCAACCUUCAAGUCUGGUGGUCAAGUCGACGAUGGAACUCCUGUUUUGAUGAAAUUCUCCAACACCAUCGCCAGCAGCUCCUCAGUCAGCUCGCCCGAGCCCGACUGGAAAUACGUCUGCGAUGGAUCGAACAAAUCUUGCAAUCUCAACGAUGGUUCGAUGAAAAACAUGCGCGUUUACACCGAUAACGCGGGUGAGAAUAUCGUUGCCUUGCCAACUUCGAGGAGCAUUCUCUGCGUCGUUAGUGCUGCAACUGGCGUGGAAAUUGCCUAUUCCGGGGACGCAAAGACCAACGGUUUCGUCGGCGAUGGCACUGCAAACGACAUUGAAGUCGUCAUCGACGGCGACGGCGAAGUAGAAGGCUACGUCGUCACCGGUCUAAGAGACAAGAAAAUCAGCAGCGAUGGUGGAAUCACAUGCUCUGGUGAUGGAUGCAAAGUCAUCGAUGGUUUCAUCGCCAAGUACAAACCUGAUCUGUCCGGGAAGAUUUGGGACACGCUUCUUCCCACUUCUACCUGGCCCGGUGGAAUCAAUCAAUUUGCCGGCACACAGGCUACUUUUGAAAGUUUGGUCUACACGGAGUGCUGGGGAAUGGACAAAGUCAAGGAUACGAGUGGCAAUCAUGUCGGCUUCGUAGCUGCUUGUGGAACUGGUAUUGAACCUGGCUGUGGAAUCCACCCUGGGGCGAUCGGAACUGCUUGCACAACGGAUCCCCGAACCGCCUGGCGAGGCGCAAUCGUAAGAUUUGAUCUGAACGGAAAUCUUGUUUGGUACAGAAUGGACUCCUUCAACGCCGGAUCGGGAACCUCCGGCGAGUCCGCUUCGGAAUACAUCUUCCAAGACGCCAAUGGCAACAUCGUCUCCCUGACCGAUGAGGGAUUCGGCGGCUUUGGAUUUGAAACUCUCGAGCUAGAGAGCUUUUAG